AUGUGGUGGCCACCGGCGUCUGGAAGGAGGCGGCGAGGAUGCAGGGCAUCCAGGGCGCGCCCUUCAUGGGCAUCUGCAUGGCCAACGUCACCGCGCGCCGAGAUGACCAAGAAGAGGAAGGUGUCGUGGAACUGCGCCGACGUCGAGGGCGUCUUGGCCGGCGUCACCCCGGCGCCAUGUGCCCCACUGCAGGGCACCCACGCUGGCUCCUGCCCGUUCCCCACCGACACGGUCGCCGUCGACCAGAUCACUGUGCAGCAGUGCUCAUACUCCAUCGCGCCUGCCAUAUAUAGUGAGUAUCCAGCUUCUUGUUGCACCAAGUGUUGA